AUGCAAAGUAGAAUACAGAAUUUCGCUGGAGUUGCAUUUGCUCGACUGUUCAGUGCGGAACGCAUUCCGCGACGGCUACACGACCAUUUACAGAAAACAAACAAAGCGCGAAAAGGAACUUACAAUGCCAUCCGUCAAAACCAUUUGAUCAUUGCUAUGUAUUACUUAGCAAACAGCAUGAUAAUUUGUUUAAACUUUCCUGGCAAAAUAUUCCGGAGACCAUAUACCAUAAACUGUGAUAUGGAAGUAGACGACAAAGGUGAUCUUUGCCAAGAAUGGGCUAAAGCAAAUCUUUGUGAUACAAAUCGGGCAACAAUGUUUCUUUUCUGCAGGCGGACAUGUCUAUGUGUUGGUCCACCAACAAAUAUACCGCCAUAA